CGGGUUCUUGGCCUAGCCCAUUAGCAACUACAGCCCAUGGUCUGAUGCAACACACCAAGAUGCAAAGCAAGAGUGCGUGACAUUUUCGAACCUCAGGAUCCCCAAAUCUACUUUCGAGGAAGAAGAAUCCAGAAAUCACUAACACUGAGGCCUGACCGGAUCUGCCGCCCUCCCCGUCGCCAGAGGCAAUGGCGAGUCCCAACUCCGGAAUCCCCAUCAAGGCUGAACAAGAUUCCGAUGGCUCAGCCCAAAGCACUGCGGAUAUGACUGCUUUUGUGCAAAAUCUUCUGAUGCAGAUGCAAACCAGGUUCCAAGCUAUGUCGGAGAACAUCAUUACAAAGAUAGAUGAGAUGGGUUUGAGAAUAGAUGAAUUGGAGCAGAGCAUCAAUGACCUCAAGGCUGAGAUGGGCAGUGACGGGAUGACAACACCGUCUAAGACAAAAGAUGAAGGUUCAAAACCUGCAGACAGUUCUGCAUGAACGCAGGACAGCAGAAGAAGCUGAUAGCAUCAUGAUUCGUAUCAUACACCAGUGUUAUAUUGGUAUCUUAGGCAUUCGUGACUAACAAAUACCUGCUAUGAGGUCUCAUAUGAGAGAAGGUUGUUACUGAUGUGAUACUUCUGAUGCUUUGUCGGUUUACUAUGUUUUUUCUGUAAACUGUAUUCAUCUUCGUUCUGUGUGGACCUAUUGGUGCAUAUGUACAAAGCAUGUACAUGCAUGCCAUGUCAGCUGCUAGAACGCUAGUAUCUGGUGUUUGUGACAAGAAUCUGGUGAGGUUCCUGCCUUUUUCCCCCUCUGUGUGACAUCAGAUAUGUUUAAUUGUGUAAUUUUUUUCCACUAAUAAAUGUGUAAUUUUUGUACCUCAAA